AUAAAUAAGAGCUCACACUCUAAUCUUACAAACAUCAGCAGCAACAGAGCAAAACAGAGCAACACCUUUAUUAUUUAUCAUCAUGUCAUCACUUCAGUGCUACAAAACCUGUGAACAAACCUGCGAGAGCCAGCACGGUUCAUAUGGGCAGAAGGUAGCUGACAUCCUCAAUAAGCACCAUGGCAACUCCAAUCACGGCUACAAUGGGGGCUAUACAGGCCAAAAUGGCCACUCCAGUGGAGGCUAUAAUGGCCUUUCCAAUGGGGGAUACCUAGAGCAGAAUGGCCACUCCAAUGGAGGCUACAAUGGCCUUUCCAAUGGAGGCUACACAGGGCAGAAUGGCCACUCCAAUGGAGGCUACAAUGGUCACUCCAAUGGAAGCUACAAUGGCCUUUCCAAUGGGGGAUACACAGGGCAGAAUGACCACUCCAAUGGAGCCUACAAUGGCCUUUCCAACGGGGGCUACACAGGGCAGAAUGGCCACUCCCAUGGGGGCUACAAUGGUUACUCCAAUGGGAGCUACACAGGGAACCAUGGCCACUCCAAUGGGGGGAACAAUGGUUACUCCAAAACCGAACGCUUUAGCACAGAGGUGGUUUCCCAGUCUGCAGGGCAUUUAGCCUCCAAAACUCAUGGUAAUUGCAGCAGCAAAACCUAUGGCACUCACGCUGCUGGUGGCAUCAAACUCCGAGAGAAGAAGCACAAGAAAAGCCUGUUUGGCAAGAUGAAGGAUGGCUUUUCUGGUCACAACAGUGACUGCAGUGACAGUGGUGUAAGAUAGGAAGAAUAUGGAAAUAAUUUGAACUACUACAACUGAAGGGCUUGCAGAAGUGCUAAAAAUAAUAAAUGGAGUUCGAGGAUCAGACUUCGCAACUCAGUGUGCGGUGAAUUAACUAUAUAAACGUACCUUCAGAAUAAGAAUCUAUGUAUUCUGAUGAAAAUAAACCAUUGUACCUCUGGUCAUGGUGCAACUCUGAGUUUGAGACCUACCAAAAACAAAUGCAUGUACUAUCUCGAUCUUACUGUUAUGAAUAAAACUGUUUGGUGUUAAAAUAAGUUAUUGCUUU